AUGCCUACCAGAUCCAAGCAGUCCCACCCCUCUGAAGACUGCAAUGGUCCGACAAGAAAGCGCGUGAGAGCGUCUCCGUCGUCAGAGCUCGAGGAGUUCUCGCUAGAUAACGUUGUGGCCAACACCAAGACCGCUGCUAUUGCUGCUCACCUACCGAAGCCCGCUCUUUCCAAGAUGUUCGACCAAGACGCGACGAUCUUGUAUCUCACAUCCGACCACAAAAGCUGGGUUUAUGUCGUGCCACGAUGGUACUGGCAUAUCUUUGAGCACGCCAAGCCCGAGGAGCUUCGUUCAGCAGGUGUGGCAAAGUCGUCGUUGACGUGGUCGACUAUGUUCCAACAGGCAUGGACAGCACACCCAGAGAAGCACGAUACUAUCACGAUGUUUGGCAAACAGAUAAAGCUUCCGCGAUUUCAGCAGCUGUGCGGGGAAAUAGGAAGUUACCGGUACUCUGGCAAAACAUUUGACGCCCAAGAGAAGUACCCGCGGGGAUUAAGACACGCUGUUGAGCACAUGCAGAGAAUUGUAAAAGAUCCUGCCACGUUGCAGACACGGCUCACUGGAGGUCUCGUGAACUGGUACGGGAACGGGAACCACUACAUUGGACCACAUGCCGACGACGAACGUGAUAUGAUGGUGUGCUCUCCUAUCGUGGCCUUGUCGCUAGGAGCGACUCGACGCUUUGUGUUUACAAAGAAAACACCAAAAAACGUUUCCGAAGACGACAAGGCUGUAGCGCGACUUGAGUUGCAGGUUGGAGAUGGCGAUCUGAUGAUCAUGGGUGGCACGACGCAACGAACGCACAAACAUGCGGUUCCCAAGAUGGCUAGAUGUCGUGAGGCGAGGAUAAGUGUUACCUUGCGUUGCUUUCACUAG